AUGAAGAGGAUUUUGAAACCAUCUAUUGGCUAUCAAAUACAGACUCUUGACCCGUUGCCAGAGAUAAACAAACCUCACAGUCACCAUAAACCCAUAAACUUACGAUUAUACAUCAAUGGAGACCAGUAUUUCCCUGGCAAGAAGAUAAACAUCACCCCUGACCGAUACACCAACUUUAACGAAUUUCUUGGUGACCUAACAAGAAGAUUAGUACCUGGUGUCAAGUUGCCUCAUGGGGUCAGGCAGAUCUUUACGCCCAUCACUGGCAGGAGGGUCUUUGACCUUGAUGACCUGUCUGACGGAGAGAUGUGUGUAUGUGCUGGGUUUGAGGGAUUUAAAAUGAUGAAGUAUGGACAGUCUCAGCUACAGCCAUGGUCACUAGGUCAGAGAUGGAGAAAUAAGGUCAUGCAGCUGAAAGAGGCUUCAGAAUCCCAUGGAAGUAGCCAGUAUCUAGGCUAUGCAAACAAUGCGUUUCACCCAAGCGGUUACUUCCACACAAGCCAGUCUACUCAACUUCGUAAAUGGCCAGGGAUGUUUGGUGCAAGCCAGCGAAGGGAUGUCAGUUUAAGAAAAUCUAACAACUUUCAGCACAAACCUAGGAUCAUCACUAUUGUCAGAAAUGGUAUCAACCCCAAACAACAUGUCAAGAUUCUUCUAAACCAUCAAGCCAUGCAAUCCUAUGAGCAACUACUGGCUGAUAUUUCUGGUGCUUUUUUACCUCAUUUGAAAAACUAUAAUAUCCAAAGAUUAUUUACUGUACGCGGGAAAGAAGUUGCUGGAAUUUCUGAUUUCUUCAGAGAGGAUGAUAUUUUUAUAGCCCAAGUGUCAGGAGAACCGGAUUUGAAAAAAAAUGAAGUAAUUAGUAUUUUGGAAGAAAUAUUUCCAGAUUCAAAUGUUGUCAAACUGUUGCUUCGGGACUGGAGGAAAAAUCAAAGAAAUAGCAAAAACAGUUGCCAUGAAAGUUGGGGUAGAACUUUAAACAGAGACUAUAAUUUAGUGGCUGCAAAUCAGAAAGUCACUGCUGUUGAUUGUUCUGUGCAGGAAAAGCGUGACAGUGGAUUUGAUUCUGGUGACAGCACCAUGAAUUGGCCAGAAUCUGACCAUGCUGAAAGACCAAAUAUUUUAAGACCUCGAAAGAGACUGGGCAGAAAAAUGGGCAGAGAGAGUAAAAGAGAAGGAAGAAAGCAUGGAAAUAGCCAUCAGGAUGUUGCUUCAAGUGUUAAUGGUCAGAGACGGAUUGAAAAAAUGAGAAAUGAAGAUUUUAAUACAGACAAAGAACAUGUAAGGAAUCAGAAAGACGUGAAACAUGAAACUGUCAUGAAAAAGGUGGAUGAUACUGACAAGAGAAAUAGUUUGAUUUCUUUCAAUAAAAUAAAUAAUAAUUUGAAAUUAAUUGAUGACUCAGGGAUUACCAAUGACAGAAAGUUAAAAUCAGAGAGAGAAAGAAUAAAAGAAAA